AUGGACGAUGCUUUGUGCGUAUUCGAGGAAUUUAUCGAGCCAGAUGCUGUUUUAUGGACUACAAUGAUCACGGGGUACGAGCAAAACGGUGAGCCUAUACACGCGCUUAAGUUUUUCGCUCGAAUGGCGAUGAACAGAGGAGUCUUGAUUGACCCGAUUACUCUUGUAAGUGUUGUAUCUGCAUGUGCAAAAAUCUUCGAUUUAAAGUUGGGAAAGAGUGUUCAUGGUUAUAUAUUCAGAAUGGGAUACGAAAACGUAGUAUCUUUAUUGAAUGCUCUGUUAAAUUUGUACGGAAAAACGGGCUCAGUGAAUGCUGCUUCUAAAGUGUUCGAGAAAAUGGAAGAGAAAGAUGUAAUUUCGUGGGGUUCGAUUAUAUCGUGCUAUGCUCAUAAUUGCUUUCCUGAGGAAGCACUUGUUCUUUUCGAAGAUAUGUUAGCUAGAGGAAUCGAACCGAACGCCGUUGUGUUCAUUAGUGCUUUGCAAGCAUGUGAAGCUACUUGUAACGUAGAAACGGGCAAAAAAAUACACAAACUUGCUGUAAGAAAAGGAUUAGAUUUAGAUAUAUUGGUUUCGACAGCUCUGAUCGACAUGUACAUGAGCUGUUCUUGCCCCGAUGAAGCGAUUGAGGUGUUCGAUCAUAUGCCUAAGAAAGAUGUUGUUUGUUUUUCAGCCAUGUUGCAUGGUUGUGUUCAAAAUGGAAGAGAAAGCCAAUCCAUUGGAGUAUUUCGUGAUAUGUUGGCACGUAAUUUUAAUCCCGAUAAUUUUGAUUUGGUGAAAGUCUUGACUGCUUGUUCGGAAUUAGGCGUUCUUCUCCAAACUAGCUGCAUGCAUGGUUUUGCUAUCAAAUGUGGCGUAGUAAAUAAUUCUUUUAUCGGAGCUUCACUAAUAGAAUCCUACGCAAAAUGUGGUACCUUGGAUUCCGCUACUGCAAUUUUCAGACAGAUAAUCGAUAGAGACGUUGUUACUUGGAGCUCCAUGUUAGCAGCUUACGGGUUUCAUGGAAAAGGCAAAGAGGCCCUCGAUUUGUUCAAUGAAAUGAUUGAGAGUUCAUCGGUUAAACCAAAUGGAGUAUUGUUUCUCUCAGUUUUAUCUGCAUGCAGUCACGCAGGUUUACUUAAGGAAGGAAUCGAGAUAUUCAAUGUGAUGGUAAAGGACUAUGAUAUUUGUCCGAAUUCAAAACAUUAUGGGAUAGUAGUUGACCUUUUGGGCAGAAUCGGAGAGCUCGAAAAGGCUAUGGUAUUUAUCGGUCAAAUGCAAGAGCCCGUCGAGGCUAAUGUAUGGGGAGCUUUACUUGGCGCAUGCAAGAUUCAUCAGAAUGUGGGAAUUGGAGAAACUGCAGCGAAGGAACUGCAGCGGUUGGGUUACUGCCAAGCGGGUUAUUACAUUUUGUUGUCGAAUAUGUAUGCUGUCGAUGAAAAAGUGGGAUAA